GCCGCGGGUUGCGUUUUGUUAUUCGUUUCUUAAAGCAUUAGAUGCAAAUUUUAUUAAUUUAUAAUUUAAAUAAAUAAAUAAUUAUAAUUUAGUUGCUUGCAAUUAAAAUCUAUUUAUUUGAAUAAUUAAAAAAAACUACAAGAAAAUCAUUUAAACAAAGUUUCGAUUUUUUAUUUUUGUGUGCAAACAAAAAUUCUUCAACAAAAUGGAAGAACUCGGUAGAAAUUUCUUACAAACCAUAAAUCGUGCUAAAAAAUGCGAAGCCGAUUGGGAAAAAGAAAUAAAUUUAAUGCAAAUAAAAAUGCAAGAAGUUUUAUUUGGCUCAAGUACGUCGCUCGCCGCCGUACCAACCCCCACUCUUCUUGUUCCUGCUGCAUCUGCAGCAGUAGCAGCAUCCCCACAACAAACCAAGAAGCGCCCUAAACGUCUAUCAGCUGUAAUUGAUAGAGAUGAAGAUUCUGAGGAUACGCCGAAGCUUUCGAUGAAAAGUCUUUCAAAUGAGAUUGAAGCUGUUGCCAAUGAGACGGUACAAAUUGAACAAACACCCAAAGUACCAGAGCCUUCGCAACCAGAAAACACUGCAACCGAACACAUUUUCGCACGUCCACAGCGUGCCGCCAAAUUGAAAGCCGAUAAUUUGAAAGAAGUAUCAAUAACUGCCAAGAUGAGACGCCCUGAUAAUUUCAAUGAUACUGCUAAAAAGAUUAAGAAAGAAAACGAAACUCGUGCUUCUCAAAUUGCACCAAAGAAAUCAAGUAGAUCGAAUAACAAGGAGAAUGAGAGUAAAAUUUCAAAUGAAUCGGUUUCAAGCACAAAGAAGGUGGUAGAUGAAUCUCUUGUUGUUGUGGCCAACAAGGAAGCACCAGUUGUUGAAAUUUUCUCCGAAGAAGAUGAUGCUUCGUCUGUUUCUAGCAUUGGCUCUAAAAAGAAAUCAAAGAAAGACAGCAAGACUGCUGUUGUCAAAAUCAAAAAAGAAAAACUUAGUGUACCAUCUGAAAAUAGAGUUUCUGAUAAAUCACAAGCCACAGUGGUUCCAGUUGUUCCUGAACCAGCGGAAGUAAUUCCAAUUGUUGCCCUCAAACGAGAAACAACCGCAUCAACUGAAGAAUCUCUUCAAACAACAACAACAACGUCAAACACUGACACUCUUUCCACAGACACAACCACCGCUGAUACCACCGCAGCUAAUGGCAAACGCACCCGCAAGAAGAAGCCAUUCACUCAUCGGCCAAUCAAAGAGGAACGCGUUAGUUUGGAGGCAGAAACAGUUCCAACUCCAGUUUCAACUCGCACUCGCAGUGGUAGUGCAGCUAGGGCACGACCAGCUUCUAUCUACGAAGAUGCUGUCGAUAAAAUGCCCCAAGAAGCCGUACAAGAAGAGAAAGACGAUGCGCCGUCUACUCCUAAACGAUCUGUUCCAGAAACUAAUGCUACUACUGCAGCACCUGCUGCAAAUGAAACAAUUGCCACUAACAAUGCCACAAUGCUAACAGCGUGCGACGCAACAUUUGUGACCAAUCAAGUGAAUAACACCUUUGCUAUGCCACCUCAGACUACAUUCAAUUUGGGAAAUAAUCCCAAUGCUACAGUUUCCGUAACAAACAACAACGAAACAGCCAAGAAUCCAAAUCUGAACUUGGGCGAUGCUACAUUUGAUGUUCGGACUCCACCACAAAACGAUAGCAUCAUGACUGAGGAUGAUUCUUUCGAUAAGCCAUUAAUGCCAGCGAUGACAAAAAUUCAGCCACCUCCACCACCACCACAAUCGGCAAAGGUCUUGAAGUCCAAAUCUAAAGGCAACGAACUGUUCAACCCAUGUGUACAGAGUCCAGUGAAGAAGAAGGUUGAAGCAUUUGAAAAUCAUGCACAAAAAGCCACAAAUGAGUCCGCCUUGAAGACAAGAUCAAGAAAAGCCAAGGAAAACUCCGAACCAGAGUUGCCAAGUGUCGGAGAUAUGAAAUCAUCCAACAUGGUGACAACACCAGUUAUUGGAAAGCCUCAUGCUCCAGCCUUGGGAAGAUUCCUCACCCCAACACAACAAUCCAAUAUAACACCCAACGCGUCUAAUGCUAAGAAACUACCCAACAGUGCGUCGAAAGCAAUGCAAUUCCCAAUGACGAAGCAGAAUUCGGCAUCAAACUUGAAGAGCACCAGUUCAACUUCAAAGCAAUCAUUGUCACGGGAGAACAGCGAAGAUGACCUGAAGAAGGGUUUCAAUAAGCUUCAGAAAUUGGCAGAUGAACGUAAAAAGAAACGUGAACUUAAGCAUCUGCAAGCGGCUCAACUACGCGAAGCAAAGGAGAAGGAACGUGCCGAACGUCUGCGAAAACUCGUCAAAGAGCGCGACGAGAAGAAUCGCAAAAAAGCCCAAGAACUGGAGCAGAAGAAACGUGAACUCGAAGAAAUCAAUCGAAAUUUGAAGCUCCAAGAAGAACGGGAACAAAAACUGAAAAUUGCGACAGCCAGUGCCACUAAAUCGAAAGUAGACCCAACAGAAAUCGCCCGACAAGAACGAGAACUACUCGAACAGAUGAGAAAGAUGCCACCACCGCCAAAGGUCAACAGCAACAAGUACAACUUCAACAUGCUGCAUAGUGAUGACUCAACCGAUGAGGAGGGCAAAGCCUCCUACAAAAGACCCAAACCGCCAACAUGGAGCAAGAGUUCAGUUCGUGUGGAUGCUAUAACCUGUCAAGCGUAUUGCGCGUCGGAUGUCAUUGAUAGUUUCUUUUCGGUGCAACCGAUGACACCCGACUUGAAGGCAAUCUUCCCCAAUAUCGAUGCACGAUACUUGAAACGUAAUUCAAGCGCCAUCUGGCGGACGCCGCCACGUUAUUCCGAAAUGCCUAAAUAUUAAUAAAACAUAUAUAUGUAUAACUAUUAUUUUUAUAUAUAAAAUUUAAAUUUA